AUGGAGUAUCUGGAGUUCUACUCUGUUCAUUGCUUUGGCUGCAAACUGCCACUACUCAACUUCAUCCUGCACAAGUACGUCCCUGCAGCUCACAUCCUCCGACCCAUCCCACAAAACCAUCAGAAAAUGACAGGCAUACUAUUGACCCUGGUCUCUGUCCUCUGCCUUCUCACCAGCGCGAGAGCUGCAACACUUCGAAUCCAAAUCCCACCAUCGAAUCUCCUCCCAAAUCCAAAUGCUCUGCCAGCUUCUACCCAUGCCACUCUGACCUCUGGUACUGGGCAACCUUUACGAGCAGUCCUUCGCAAAGGCAGCUACUUUGAAUUCCCCGAUAUCACAACCGUCGGCUCCCAUCUUCUGGACAUUUACACCCGCGAUUACGUUUUUGCUCCAUAUCGCAUCGAUCUCGCCCCGUCCUCCUCCGACUCUUCUUCAACAGUGAUUACAGGAGCAUGGGAGACAUAUAGAGGCACAAGGUGGGAGGACCGCGGUAUCGCGCUAGUUCCCGCACCCACGGAUCGCUUGGAGAUGUCAGCCAAAGUACUCUUGAGAAAGAAUUUCUACGAAGAACGACAAGGAUUCAAUCCCCUAAGCUUGCUUAAGAAUCCCAUGAUUUUGAUGGGCGUUGUUGCUCUUGCGUUUACUUUCGGUAUGCCCAAGCUGAUGGAGAACAUGGACCCAGAAAUGCGAGCCGAAUAUGAGGAGAUGCAGAAGAAAGGCCCCAUGUCUGGCCUCGCACAAGCGAUGCAAGGCGGAGGAACCAGCGGGCCAGCGAGCAACUUUGAUUUGGCAAGUUACUUGGCGGGUAGCGGCAAGAGUACGGGCAGCGACAAGGCGUCAGAGGGAAUAAGAGAGCGGAAACGAUGA